GUCUCUAAAACAGAGCCACAGUUUCCCUCGAAAACCUUAUCCGCUUCUUCUCCUCAAGCUCCGGCCAUGGCGUCACUGAUACUCGGAGCUCCCCCGGCCCCCUCUCAGUCGCUCGCUUUCAACUCCCGCAUUUCGUUCUCUCGCUCCGAAACCCUUGCCAUAUCUUUCCCCUCCUCCACUGCUUCGCUCUCGCUCUCCACAGCUUCUUCUCCACCGGUUCCUUCAGUAUAUUGCGGCAGAGGCGAUAAGAAAACCGAAAGGGGAAAGCGCUUCAAUCACUCUUUUGGAAAUGCGCGGCCGCGGAACAAGAACAAAGGCAGAGGACCACCUAGGGUUCCGGUGCCGGCGGCGCCCCCAAAGAAAGAUAAGUUUGAGGACGAUACGAUUGUCAAAGUUGAAAUUGAUGAGUCCUUGUCUUAGUUAAUUAAUGGAUCCUCCAAUUUGUUUAAUUUCUGUUUUUUAACUGUAAUUUAUGAAUCUUGAGUUUAUGUUAUGAGGAUUUUGAUCAAAUAUUUUUUUUGUUCUUGCUUGAAAUUAAUGAGUCAAAGCUUUAAAUUUUCAA